UUAUGGACUAAUUAAUCAAUUUUCGUCCUUCACAAUGUCCUACAAGGUUUCUUUUAUGGUCACUUGAAAGUAUUCUUAUUUGAUCCUUACCCAACCCAUAUCGUAUUAUUGGGGAACAAUUCGUGGGACAGUAGAGCAAUGUUGGCAGCCAUGCAGCAGAUGUACACAAACCCGCCAUUUUGCAUCUUUUUCCAUCAGUCAAAUAAUUAAUUUACCCAGUUAUUGCCCUCCAUUGACCCCAUUCUUCCGUCCAAAAUCCCCCGGGAGGCAUGUCAACUCAAUUAAUAUGCCUUACACUGUCCGGUGGCAUCCCGAUAUUCACGCGCAAGAAAGGAGAAGGUGAGAAUGGACAAAAUCUGAGGAGUACAGCGUGGGAUGAUGGCCUUCUGGUGUGGCAGGAGUUCGCAGACACCUUCCUGGUCGUGGGUUUUAGCCGGGGAAUUGGCGAGAAAGUCUUCAGGCGCCUAAUAAACUCCACUUUUAGCAGCAUGAUCUUCACUGUGGGCCUGCCAGAACUGGAGAACUAUCACUCAGUGGAGCGCCUGAAGAGAGAACUCCAGCCGGCCUGGAGUGUCAUCGAUCAUCUCCUCGAGAGUGCAGAUUGUGAACUCAUUGGCUUUACGGAUUGCAUUCUCAGUCCACAAAAUGCAGCAAUUCUUGAAAAACUGACAGAGUUCUGUGGUCAAUUUGGCUCAGAUUAUGCUUGUUUAAUGAUCUGACAGAGGAUUUCCGCUGCCACCGAAGCCUGGUGGGAUUUGCACCCCGAUGAUCGACAGCUUCUGUUCACACUCAUUGCCACUUCGAGUUCCCUACAAAAGGACACGCCAGUGUUUUUGCCGCAGAAGAGUCCAACGAUCGCCUACAGACUCGUGUCAAUUCCUAUUCUGCAAAACAUCAAUAUUUGCCUCUUGUGCGGCGCCGAGCCGCCCUACAAAGACGUUGAAAACCUGGUGCAUCAGGUCUGGCGACCAGACUUGAAGACACUGGAGUUGGCGGAGCAGUGCUUCCCACGCAAUUUUCCUGCCAGUCUGGAAUUGGACGCAGGAAUCUUGGGCAUCUUGCUGAUCAACCGCGCCCAGGCAAAAUAUGUGAUCUCCAGGAACAUUCAGCAAUCCAGCACGGGCAAGAGAAGCGUCUCCGGAGCCCACCGACUGGACAUCCUGCGCACCUUCUUCCACCAGGCAGCGGACAUGAUUGACGACUACCUGGGCAACUUGGCCGUGCACGCAGAGUCCACUGGUACUCGGAUUACCACAAGUGUCACGCGCUCGUGCAGAAGGACAACCUUAUUUGCGUACUAUACGUGGCGGCAAUACCUACGCACACGAUGCCAUCACAGCCAUGCCGCCCGUGGUCAGGCCCGCCAGCACACGAGUGAAGAUUUGCAGACCCUCAGGAUUCUCGUGCAACACACCCUGAUAGAGCAACUUCACGGUGUCAUAACAGCCCAGGCGCUCGGACGCAAAGGCCAUCUGUCGCUGCAGGCCAGCAGAGAGUCCAUUGUAGAGUGCCCUGCGAGAAGAAAUAAGUUUUUCUUUAGCAAUGCUUUAUCAAUCUCAAGACAGCACUUUUGCCCGGAACACGCGCCGGAACUGACCACCGCUGUUGCUCCGUUGGCCGUGGCUGUGGCCAGCGGUACCCUCACCUGGCCCUCGCCCUGGACCUGCAAGCGCACCUUGGCCGUUCACACUCAUUGCCACUUCGAGUUCCCUACAAAAGGACACGCCAGUGUUUUUGCCGCAGAAGAGUCCUGGCGGCCAGACUUGAAGACACUGGAGUUGGCGGAGCAGUGCUUCCCACGCAAUUUUCCUGCCAGUCUGGAAUUGGACGCAGGAAUCUUGGGUAUCUUGCUGAUCAACCGCGCCCAGGCAAAAUAUGUGAUCUCCAGGAACAUUCAGCAAUCCAGCACGGGCAAGAGAAGCCUUGGCCGUGCACGCAGAGUCAACUGGUGCUCGGAUUACCACAAGUGUCACGCGCUCGUGCAGGAGGACAACCUUAUUUGCGUACUAUACGUGGCGGCAAUACCUACGCACACGAUGCGUCUGAUAUCGCAGAAGACGCUCAGCAUGAUUGUGGGCAGCAAAGAUACUUGUUGGUAAUUUUUUUUACUAAUUAUAUUCUGCUAUUAACUCGGCGGUUGGUGAGGCUGUGGUACGAUUUUGCGCCUGGAAGCGCACCUUUACAACAUCUGUGGGCUGUGCCAGCAUCACAGCCAUGCCGCCCGUGGUCAGGCCCGCCAGCACACGAGUGAAGAUUUGCAGACCCUCAGGAUUCUCGUGCAACACACCCUGAUAGAGCAACUUCACGGUGUCAUAACAGCCCAGGCGCUCGGACGCAAAGGCCAUCUGUCGCUGCAGGCCAGCAGAGAGUCCAUUGUAGAGUGCCCUGCGAGAAGAAAUAAGUUUUUCUUUAGCAAUGCUUUAUCAAUCUCAAGACGUAGAAAUUAAGUGCUUUUGUAAGCAGAUCUCUGCGAGUAAAAUUUCCAGUGAGAUGUAUUUGCUGGAGAGUGAUUGCAAUAGAAAUUGAUUAAAUAAAUGACUGAUGCUGUAAUUAAAUGCAAAAAUAGCGCUUAAUUAAAAAAUGUUCCACUUCAAAAUAUACUUCUGGAAAACAACACUCAUAUAAUUUACAUAAAGUGCAGCAUGCGGAAAAUUUUUGGUCAAA